AGAACACAUCUGGAACCCAAUCGUUGAUUCGAGGCCAAGAUGGACGAUCGCCGUGCCCCGACGGCCUCCUCAGAAGAUAUCGCGUCCCCGCGUGGUUCCAUCAAGGUCAGCGUCGUUGCUGACGUCGAGCAACAGCCUGGACCAGGUUUAGAUGCGUUGAUGGUGACGACGGCAAUCCCUCGCCACAAUGACGUGGCCCCGUCCCCCAAGUCCGUCAUGUCCUCGCCCAACCUCGCGGGGAAUGGUGCGGCCACGGGUCGAGAGUCUGCUACUCCGUUCAAGCUGUCGAAUCUGCUCAACUUCAAAGACGACAAGAAAUCAUCCGAAGACCGAAGCGCCGAGGUGGCCAGGCUGACAGCUGCCGACGCCAUCACUGGCACGCUGUCGAUGCACCUCAAGGAUCUGGACAAGAAGAAGCUCUUCUACGUCAAGUCCAAGUACCGCGUCGUGGUCCAAGCCACCAAACCUACCGUCGACCUCUUCACGUCGGACCAUCCGGACGCAUCCCCGGCCUUCGUGCUGUCGUUGUGCAAAAGCUCGCUGGUGCCGGACCCCAAGGCCGCCGCCGACGGCACGUUCAUCCUCCAAGUGCACGCCUGGACUAAGCAAGCCACGGUGCACUACCGUCCGCAGCUGUUUGUCUUCCACGACGAAAAACACCAUCGCGUGGCCGCGUGGAUCGCGUGUCUGCAGCGCGCAAUUGCCGCCGCCGCCGACAUGGACGAAGGCCAAGUGCUCACGGCGGGUCUGGCGGACGCGCUGUCGAUUUCGAGUGCGGACGACGGAGACGACCUACAGGACGAUCAUCCGCUGUCAAUGUACGUCGACUCGGAAUCAGCCAUGUCCAGCGACGACGACGAAGACGUGGGGGACGCCGUCGCGCGUACCCUCAAGAAACUCAAUCCGUUCUCGCCAAGGGCAUCGUCUUCCCCGGCGUCGAAUCCCCCGAGCUUGUCCCACCGAAGCAGCGGCAAUGCUGGGUUCAAACCUUGUCCCAACUCGACGCGAGACCCGCCGCAGAGUCCGCUGGGGCGACUCAACCGCGCACUGCAGGGCAAAAAGGCAGCGCCGUCGUUGGACAAGGCAGGGUCCCAUCCAGUGUUGUCCCUCGAAGAACGUUGUGAGCUGCUUCGGCAGCAAAACUAUGACAAAGUGCAAGACCAACAACUGACUGACCCUGUUGUCACCACCGCGACCCAUUCCGGCGACGUCGCGCCCCUCAUCCGACCUCGCGAACCAAAUGGGCCGAAAGCUGCUGCGUCGUCGCCCAACAACCAAAGGAUUCGAACGUUCCUCCACCAAGUUCGGGCCGUCUUGUGGCAUCCCACGGGCGGCAGCGGCCUCUUGUUGAGCUUCAUGUCGGGGUUUGUCGGCGCGUCGGUUGUGUGUCCCGUGGCCGUAGCUGGCUUUUAUCAUGCCCACGGAACCCACAACGAAGAUGCGACCAUGGCGAUAGGGUACCCCGGACUCGUGGCGGCGUUCGUCUUCGUGCACGUGAUGGCGGCGACCGGGAUGAUCAUGGGGGGGCUGAGCGUCGUGGGGGUACUCGUGUUGAUCUCUAACGUGACUACGCAAGAAGCCAAGCGUCGCCGCCUUCGAUCCGACAUGCGGCAGCUCACGUUGGCGGAGAAAUCCAAUUUUGCCAACUGCCCCACCGUCGAGUUUCCCAGCUGGGUCAAGUUUUCAGACGUCGAGCGCGCGGACUGGCUCAACACUGCUAUUGCCAGGAGUUGGCCGUACACCAAAGUGGCGAUCAAGGAUUCCAUCAUGUACUACGUCAACCCGAUGCUCGAGACCAGCACACCGCCGAUGCUGUCGUCGAUGGUCCUCACGGGUCUUGAGAUGGGGGACACGCCGCCAUCCUUCGGGGGCAUCAAGUGCAUCCCUGACGACUCGGUGCUUCCCCACGGCCCAGUCACGGAGGUUUCGUUCGACGCUGAAGUCCGCUUCGUCGCCGGCGACGACCAACUCGCCGAACUCAAGUUGAUCUCGCACAUGGGCAGCGCCGCCGCGCGCGUUCGGCUCAAGGACGCCGUGAUCAUGGGCACCAUGCGCAUCACGCUGCGCCCCAUGGCGUCCGUCUGGCCCGGCUUCAGUGGCAUUUCGUUAUCGUUUAUCAGCCCACCCCGCAUCGACUUUACCCUUACCGCGGCCAAGAUCGCCAUCACGAGCGUACCGUUUGCAUCUGAUUGGUUGCAAACGUUCAUUUUGGACAUGGUCACGACCACGUUGGUGUGGCCCAAGGUGCUGGAUAUUCCAUUUUGGGACCCAGCGCUGUACCCCGUGGUGGGCGUCGACGACUUGCCGCCCGCGCCGUCGUCGCCGUCCGCCGCGUCAACGUCGCAUCAUCAUGCCGCGGACGAAAAGAAGAGCGUGUUCGGUCCGGGUGUCGUGUCGCUGCACGUGCGCAAGCUCACGGUGCUGCCGCCCCUUGCCCCCACGACUUCGUCCCCAUCAAGCGACACCACGACGAUGUUGACGGCCGCGGAAGUGUACUGCAUCGUGACCCUUAGCCAGAGCCACAAGACAGAGAUCCGCGUCGUGGAUAGCAACGGCAUGUGCACGCUGGACGAAAAGUACGAGUUUUACUGGGAUGCGGUGGCGGCGCCGACGCUGUACGUGGAGGUGUGGCAGCACCAGCGGUCCGUCCCAGAUCAUGCGUGGGGCACUGCAAUCAUCCCGCUCGGUCCGUUGGCCGCCAAACGCGACCAUGAGCUCAAAGUGGACGUGGACUUGGGCGACGGCGUGCGCGGCGUGCUGCACGUCCACGUGUGUCGGCGGCUCUUCAGCACCGUCCAAGUGGCGCGCACGGUCACGUCGCAGCCCAAGAAGUCGCUGAUCCAAGGGUUGGGGCACGACGUGUGCGUGGGCAUGUUGUUUGUGACGUGGCAGUCUGUGGUGUGGGCAUGCGGCGACGACGACGGGCGCGCGUCGGUCCACGGCGUGUUUAGCUGCGAAAAGCAGCGGAGCCCCUCGACCGUCCAAGCCAAGGUCAAGGCCAUGACGUGGCAAGAAAUGUAAAUACAUGCGACAGUGUCGAGAUCGCACUAAACGAUAGGUUGGUUGUAUGUAGGUUCAGUUUCUUUGUGUAUUCGGUCGACACGGCGACGCUGGUGGUCGAGAUCUUUGAAAAGGCGCCGACGAGUCGCUCGGAAAGCCUCGGGACGGUCACCCUGUCGGUGCUGGAGCUGCGGAAGCGGCUGACGACCAGCCAGAACGCGAUCACCGAGUCGUUUGCACUGCAACCGCCGCAUCCGGAUACGACCGAAUUGACGACCCCUUCAACUGCAAUGUCGGUGACGCUCAUGUUUCAGUGGCGCCAGCUCAUGAGUUAAUACAUGCACGCUGGGCCUUUUUAUCUUUAACAGUUAAAUGGGCGUGGUAAGUGGUUAAUUCGCAUGGAAUUCCGCGACAAACACUUGGAGGCGAUCAAACAAGAGGCGCUGGAAGCUCGUGGCGGCCUUGGACGUCAACGAUUGAUGCAGCACCUUGCCCUUUGGGUGCGAGUAGCGCUCUGCAACCACCACUUCCACCUAAGCAUAGACCAGUACAGUAAUCAACACACAUGGGGGAGAUGCAUCAUCGUUCGUUCGUACAUCGUAGUCCCCGCCGCUGUCGGAACUCAUGUCGAGGAACUUGACCGUCGCUUGGAGCGGCGACACGACGGCGUCUGUGGGCGUCCACGUCACGUCCACGGUGAAAGCCAAGUCGAAAAUGUACCUACCGACGACAUCAGCAAAGUAAAAAUGGAAGCACAUGGAGCUACAAACCGCUUGGCGCCGCGCACGACCGCCACGGACGCGUCCCCGGCCAUGUCCUUGACCUCCUUGAUCGACAGCAACCCCGCAGUACCGUCCAAAGUCAACGGUUGCGGUGGGACGCCCUGGAUCAGCUGCGUCACGCGGUCCCGCGCAAACGCCGACAAGUCCUUUUCCUCGAACGAAUUGCCCUGGUUCCACGCCGACCCGCCCUCGACGUUUUUGAUUUGGACCGCUUGGGCGUCGUCGAUCUUUUGCGGGGCGAUGCUUCCAAUCAGCGCCUUGUCUUCGGCCGUGAGCUCGUUGUUGAAGAAGGUCGUGACGCGGCCGUCGGCGAGCUUCUUGUAUCCUCGGACCCCUUUGAGGUCUUCCUCGCCAUCCUCCACCACAACAUGAGCCGACUUGGCUGGUGGCGCUCCUGAUUUGGAGGUCGAAGAUGGGAACGAAGGCGCGUUGUGGAUGGUACGUUUCUUUGGGGACACCGGUCGCUCAUCCGCCGCCGCGGUGGACGACGCGUGCUUCGCCUGCAGGUCUUUGGCUUCCGCAAGUGCCUUCAACACACUCGCAUUUCCAGCUUCCAACGAGUCGGCCUUUGUAAGAACGUCGACAGCCUCCGAAUAUUUCUUCAACGCGAUCAACGUCUGGCCUUGGCGGAAGUAUCCCUUGGCGAAGGAAGGUAGUGCUGCGACGGCAGCCUCGGCAUCUUCCAAGGCCAGUUCCUUUUUGCCCAUUUUCAAUCGCGUGGCGCUUCGGUUGCUGUGGAGAAUGUGGACGUCAGACUGGGUGACUUCGAUGGCGCGCGAGUACAGCACUUCCGCUUCUUCCAUGAUGCCCUUGGAGAACGCUUGGUUGCCUCGACGCUUGAGUUCAUCGACAAGGGACGCAAUCUCCCUGGGUUCGGUGGGGACAGGGCAAUCCAACACGUCCGAAUGCCGCGACAUGCCGCGCGACCCAAACAUCUUCCCGUCGAUUUCAAUUUCGUUGUGUCUGGGGAUUUCCCAAUUUCGAC